CGAAAUGAGUGUCGUCAUGCCAACUGCAAAUACUAUCAUCCUCCAAAACACCACACGGAAGCCGUUCUAAAGCGAGGCGAUAUGACAAAGAAAAGCUUUGUGAACCAUGGAGCUCAGGUGGCAACUACAUCUCUGGCGGGUCUCUGCUGGCCUGGUGGCACCAUGACCCAGUCGCCUCUCAUGCUAAAUCCCUCCGCACAGGCCAAUCCUGCUGUGGCCCUUGCGAUGCUUGCGGCAAUGCGAGGCACUGGUGGCCCCAACGCUACGCUUUACUCGCCUUCUGCCGCCACCUCUAUGUACACCGCCCUUCCAGACUCCGCCAGCUUAGCCUCUCUCGUUUCUGGCUAUUACCCCUUUUCGGGUUCGGCCCCUUCUGCCUCUCCCAGUGCCACUGCCGUCGUUAAUAGUGCCUACAACCCCGCAGACAUCCUCUCUGGCGGGGCGCCCGCUACCACUUCGCUUUUCUUGCCUGGUGGACCGGUGAGCCCCGCCACCUACGCCGCCGCCAUCGCCGCAGUAAAUGCUAGUCGACAAGCCACAGUCAUCCAAUCACCACCAUCAUCAUCCCAACCGUCGAUUUCAGUCGCGAGGAGCGGCGACGAUUUGGUUUCGUCGGCCUCGAGUCGUAAACGCGAGGCUCCAGACGAUAAAGAUGCUCAAGCGAUGCUGGUUAAAACUUGCAAGUAUUCCACAGCUUGA